UACUCAAGCGCAUGUUUUUCAAUUAAAACCGGACAGUCGUACACGUAUAAGCACUAGUUUGAUCCACCAGCCAUCCCAAUGAAUAUGCAGCAGCAAUGGAAUUUGAAUUCAAGCUUAUGUAAAAGUAACAAUGAUGGUCGUAAAGCGCAGCAAUUGAUCUGUAAGUUAAAACUAGCAUCCACCAGUAUUAAAGAAGACCGAACACUUGAUUUACCCAAUGAAAUAUUGUUUCAAAUCGAAUCGAAGCAGUUCAUGUUUCACGAAAAAAAUUCAAGCAAGAUCUCAGAACGUGAUUUUACAUUUCGAUUGUGGGUUCCUAUUUUAAUAUGAUGUUGUUAUAUGAACAACAUGGUUCGUAUAAAGAUUCGCAAAACAGUAUUGGCAGGAACUUCAUUCGCAUCAUUAUUACAUAACGAGGGCUAUAACAAUAUUGUUGGAUUUAAAGUGGAUAUUAGAAUACUUAUUGACUACAAGGAUGAAGAGUUCGAUUUGCUUUGUGGAGAUGCUUGUGAUUAUGAUGCUGACAAAACUAAACUUUUGACUGAAGCAUCAAAGGUUAUGAGGGAAGGGAAGGAAAUCCAAAGGAAUUUGGCACAUAAUUUUUAUGACGAACAAGUUAUUGGCAAUGUUUGGAUAAUUCAAACUAAGGGAGCUAAAUGCACCUUCCCCACCAUCCAUCCUACGCCACAUCAUUACUUUGUCCGUGUCCAUCUAUUCAAUCUGCAUUUUCCCCUGCGCUAUGUUUUUACACAAUUCGAGUGAUUUCUUAAAAAUUUUAAAGAAUUUCAAGAGUAUGUGGUCCCUGCUAUUUAUAGUCUGCGCACAGCCAUUUACAGUGUGUGUUUCGAUUAAAAAUACAAUACGGGACAACAAACAAACAAAAAGAAGCAUGAGACUUAUAAAUAAGAAAAAAACCACUGUUACCAAGCCUCUUCAAAAAGUCGUUUGGGUUGACCCUUUUUGUAGCAAGGAAGAAGAAGACGAAGAAGAAGUUGAUGAUAAUAACGAUGGCAAUAACC